AUGAUGGUUCCGAACGAUAAAACAUUAGAGCUUCUUUUCAGCUACAAUAAUAUAGUUUUGGAUCUUAUUGAAAAAUCAACUGUUGAGAUUCCAACGUCAGAAGAUUCAGAAGAGAGCGACCCCUAUGACAAAGAUUACACUAUCGAUAUCCAGAAAUGGAGUGUUGAGUAUUCGGAUCUGACAUCUCAAGUAGAGUCAAUCAAGGCUUUAUAUCCAGACUUUUUUAUAGAAAAUAAUGACCUUGUAAUGAAUUUAGACUUGCUUCAAGAGCAAAAUGUAAUUCAUAUACUCCUUUACUCUGCAGUCAUGCUCCAAUGGCUUUCUUUGAACCCGACAGUCUUAUUUUCUGUAGAUGAUCUCAACAAAGGCACUGUUUUUGAUAAAUUUGCUAUAAAUAGAAUGAGGGUAAAUCUUGUAAUUCUCUCAAGUUGCGAAGGUAUUAAUUGUUUGACAAAUCAAAACCUCAACGAUAAAAUUAAGACACUCGCAAGAACUUUAGCACUCUAUUUCUAUAUUAGAGCACAAGGUGGCAGUAUUACUCUCAAUUUAAAUUUGUUAGCUCCACUCCUUAUCGAGUGAACAAAAAAAUUCUGUUCACGAAUAGAUGGGGUUUUUUUAAUAUAAUUUUAUAAAAAAUUUUUUUCGAAAUUUAAAAAAUCCUAAUUCGCAAUAAUUGAAAAUCAAAUAUUAAUUUAAUUUAUGAAAUUUAUGUUUUAAAACGCAAUUUGUUUAAAAUUAAACAGAAUUAGCUCUAGAUUUCAUUAGACUAAUUAUCACUUAUAUAUCAAAAAUUUUUUUCUAUAAAACAAUUUUUCUAUAAAAACAAUUUUUUGUUCACUCACGGAGGGUGGGUUUUUGGGCAAAAAAUAUCGAUUUUUCCAAUGGUUUUGUUCACUCAUGGAGGAGGGGGAGUAAGAGAUGAAAAUUAUGAAUGAAAAAUACGUCAAAUUUUUCAAAAGAAUGGGAAAUUAGAAGCAUUUUUAAGAAAUCUUUAUCACACAAGCAUUUGCAAGGAAGUUUAUAGAAAAAUUAUACCUGCUGAAAAUGAAAGUGAUUUCGAAGCCAAACUUGAAGAACUCUUUAAUUAUGUGAUAGAGAAUUCAUAUUAUGCUCACCUUCCAACAGGUCUAUAUGGGCUCACAGCAAUUGGCCGCAAAAUAUUCAUAUCAUGCGAAUACACUCCAGAAAAAGAAGAAGUAAAAGUAGUAGAGGAAGAAAAAAAGAAAGAAAAAGAGGUAAAUAAAGAAGAAGCAAAAAAUGUGCGUAAUGUAGAAGUCCUAAAUAAUUACUCAGAAUAUAAAUUUAGAUUUGGACCUACAUUAAUUAUACUUUUGCACGAAAUAGCACAUCUUUCUUCUAGAUUUUGGGAACAGCAAAAUUCUUACUUUAGAAUCACACCCAGAGACUACAAAAGCCCAUCAGAUCCUGAAAGAUCAUAUGGAGAAAUAGGAAACUAUCUAGAGACACUGCUCUUUGAUGAUAGGCUGCAAGCUCUUUAUAGUGGAGGGGAAGAAGUUUUAUUAAAAAUUCGUAAUUGAAACUUGCCGAUUGAGAGGUUUAAGGCUAAAUUCCUAAAACAGCAAGAAGAUAGCAAAGCAAUGGGUGGCAAAGCGUGUAUAGUAAUUGCCCGAGGAUGACGCUAUCUUGCGCCAUCCUCGGGCAAUUCAAAAAUGGCCUCACACAGGGAAUCGAACCCACGUGUGGGGCCAUUUUUGGUAUGCGGAGAGCAUCAACUUCCACGCACCAAAAAUGGCCCCACACGUGGGUUCAAUUCCUGUGUGUGGGCUAUUUUUUUAAAUUGCCAGAGGAUGGCGCAAGAUAGCGCCAUCCUCGGGCAAUUACAAUAUCCUUUCAAGAGGGAAUGGACUAGCCAACUGUGUUAAAUUCGGGAGAUGUGGGAUGUCUUAUUGAACUUCACGUUCUUAA